AUGACUGCGAUCUUUUAUUGCAGGCAUUCGUUGAUCUCCACUGGACGUUAUUGGUUGUUAGUUGUUAUCGAUUCAGAAUUGUUGUUUCGUAGGCUGCAAUGGGGUGCUCCACCACCAGGAGCAGACCCUAAAGCCGCAUCAGCUCUACCUCUUCCAAUAUUGAGCGGUUACGAGAUUGGGCAGCGAAUCCUGGCAAGCGGAAGCGAUUUCAGUACUCCGGAAAGAGUUGUACCCGAACCAAUGCCGAAGGCGCUUUUGCCGAGUGCAAAUCGUCAUGCUCCAUCACAUCGUAUGCCGUCAAUGGAACAGGUCAUUGAUCAAAAGAAAAGAAAACGGAUAUUCGCUGAAGGAACGGAGCUGUUCAAUCAAAGUCCAAAGAAAGGCAUUGAAUACCUACGAGAAAAGGGUCUGCUCGAUGCUGAUGCUAAAAGUGUAGUGAACUGGUUGCGAACGAAUCCACAGCUUGAUAAAAAGAAGAUUGCAGAUUAUAUUUGCAGUAGGAAACACGCUGAUGUGCUAGAGGCAUUUGUGCAAUCGUUCCCCUUCGAGAAUACUCGCUUGGAUGACGCUCUCCGCAUGUUCCUUGAGACAUUCCGUCUACCGGGAGAAGCGGCAGAGAUUAAUCAGUGGUACAAGGCAAACCAUGAGCCGUUCAACCACGUUGACGCGGCGUUCACUCUGUCCUAUGCCAUAAUAAUGCUGAAUACUGAUCAACAUAAUCCAACGGUUCGCCGAAAUCAGCCUCCAAUGACAGUAGACUGCUUCAAGCGAAAUCUUUCGGGCACAAACGGUGGAGCAGAUUUUGACCCAGAAAUGCUCAUGACAAUGUAUAAUGCCAUCAAAUCGGAGGAGAUUGUGAUGCCAGCUGAACAGACGGGAAUUGUGAAGGAGAAUUAUUUAUGGAAGGUGCUCAAACUUGAUUUAAUACAUUACAAAACUAUGUGUUACUGCGACGUGGAGAAUCGGCUGAAGGUCAUUUUCGAACACGCACCAACUGGCUGGAAUGACCAUGAUUUGUUCUCAAUUACAUGGGGUCCAGCUGUAGCUGCGCUAACCUAUGUCUUCGAUAAGUCAGAGCAUGACGUCAUUCUACAGAAAGCCCUGAAUGGAUUCCGCAAGUGUGCAUCGAUUGCCGCGCAUUAUGGUAUGAAGGAUGUGUUUGACAAUCUCAUCAUCCAUCUAUGCAAGUUCAGCACGUUAGCAUCAAAUUCUGAAGGACAUGGAGACGACAACUUAGAAAUGCAGCGACAGAGAAACAUGAACGAGGUGACACCUGGUGUUCAGCACGAGCGAAUCGCGGUAGCGUUCGGAGAGAAUCGCAAGGCCCAAAUGGCGACCAAAACGAUGUUUGAAUUGGUGCAUGCAAGUGGAGAUAUUUUGAGAGAGGGUUGGCGCAAUCUUCUUGACUGCUUGCUGCAACUAUUCCGUGCUCGUCUGCUACCGCCCGAGUUGACCGAAGUAGACGAUUUCGUGGACGAGAAGGGCUGGGUAUCAUUGAUACGCGAACAUGUAGUGGACCCUCAGCCGGUCCGUAGUGAAUCUGGACUUCUUUCGUGGUUUGGUCUAGGAGGAGGAGCCAGCGAAGCUGAACGCAAAAAGAUUAACACAGGAGCAGCAAAACGCCAUCAAGGAUCGUCUUUCGUUAGUGUGGCCCAAUGGUUCGUCGACAUUUGGAGUGGUUACUGUCGGCCCCGUUUUGGAAGGAGUCCGCUUCUCGUGGAACGGGCUGUUGUUGGCCUUCUACGUAUUGCCAACAGGAAUCUGUUCCGAGACAAUACGGUAGCAGAUGAUGUGCUUCAAUCUCUCUCAUUGCUUUUGCCGGAAGGACCCGCGUCGGAUGAAAGGCAAGCAUUUUCGGAUGGGGAAACCAUGUCCACUCGUCCACAGACGGAUGAUCGCGGCUACACUUCCGACGACCCGAAAAGAGCUGACACAUUCAGGCGAGCAGUGACGCGCCUGCCGAUGCAGAUAGCGGCCCGGUUUCCGCUGAGCAAAAGCCGCGAAUCGAAUUCAUUUGGACCACACGAAGAUGCCCGCCGUGCUACAGAGGACGCCUUGAGGUAUGCCGCUGGUCCACUCAGUGGUGAUGCACAAAAUCGACUUACGGAAGCCACGUUGACGACCGCAUGA